GCGCUGCCCAGCCCCAGCCCCUAGCGAGGCGGCGCCGGGACUCUGCCCAGCCCGCAGCGGGAGCGGGGCUCGGCCGGGCCGGGCCCGUGGGAGCAGCCCCGCCCGGGGGGGCCAUGGCCGAGCGGGCCGCUGCCCAGGCAUCAGAAUGGGACACAGAGGUACAAGCUCCCCUUAUCCCAGAUGUAAGUUUUGUGAAAGAAACCCAACUGCAGACUGCGGCUAUUUCCUUGUGGACUGUGGUAGCUGCUGUUCAAGCGGUGGAGAGGAAAGUGGAGUCUCAUGCUAUGCGAUUGCUGAAUUUGGAGCGGAGAUCAGGGACAGCUGAGAAGAAAUUUGUGGACUGUGAGAAAACAGUGGUAGAGUUUGGUAACCAACUGGAAAGUAAGUGGGCCGUGCUGGGAACUCUGAUCCAGGAGUAUGGACUGCUGCAGAGAAGACUGGAGAACAUGGAGAACCUGCUGAAGAAUAGGAACUUCUGGAUCCUAAGAAUUCCCCCUGCUAGUAAAGGAGAAGACCCAAAGGUCCCAGUGGCGUUUGAUGAUGUCUCAAUCCAAAUUCCCCGGGAGAAGUGGGAGAAUUUGGAAGAGUGGCAGAAAGAGCUUUACAAGAAUGUGAUGAAGGGCAACUAUGAGUCUUUGAUCUCACUAGACCAUGCAAUUUCCAAGCCUGAUAUUUUAUCGCGGAUUGAACAAGGGGAAGAGCUCUGUGCUGGGGAGCUGCAGGACUUGGAAGUGAGAGAGAUCCAUACAGAAUCUAGCACAGACGUCAUUCAUGACUUUCCACCUGCCCCAGUUACUUCUGUCUCUGCCGGUCCCAGCACAGAAUCUCCCAUUUCUACCACGGACAUUAUCUCAUGGAUUAAACAAGAAGAGGAGCAGAGCAUACGAGCUCAAGAGAAUGCUAAGGAACAAGAAACGCAUAGAAGUACCUGCACCACAGAUGAUAGGUUCUUGGUCAAACAUGAGGAGCGUCCUCAGGAGAGAGGUCCUGUGAACCAGGAACUGCCUGUGACCUUAUCAGGAAGAUCAGAAGCAUGUGUUUUCCAAGUAGCCAGCUGCGAAAAUCAGCCCAAUUCAAACAUGCAGCUCAUCUCAAACGCAACCUCUACAGCACACAGUCUGGGGGAAUCCACUCAAGGUGAAACAGAGUUUGGUCAGUUUCCAAACGUCGCCGCCCAACAGGGAAGCCAACUGGGAGAAAGACCAUAUUUGUGCAGUGAGUGUGGGAGGUGCUUCAGCCAGAAAGACAUCUUCAUAUCACAUCAGAGAACCCACACCGCUGAGAAACCCUAUUCCUGCUCCGAGUGCGGGAAAAAGUUUGCCCAGCAAUCCAAUCUGAACAACCACUUCCGGCUCCACACAGGUGAGAGGCUUUAUGUGUGUUCACAGUGCGGGAAGAGCUUCAUCCACCAGUCCAGGCUCACCUACCACUACAGAGUCCACACGGGAGAGCGGCCCUACAUGUGCACAGAGUGUGGGAAGGGCUUCACCGAGCAAUCCAAAUUAACAAACCACUGUCGAAUCCACACAGGUGAGAGGCCACACACCUGUGCCGAGUGCGGGAAGAGCUUCAGUCUGAAGAUAAGCCUUAUAAUUCACCAGAGAAACCACGCCAAGGAAAGACCUUAUGAAUGCACUGAAUGUGGCUUAAACUUCAAUUGUCACUCAGGACUCAUCAGGCAUCAGAUGAUUCACACGGGGGAGCGGCCCUAUAAAUGCGCAGACUGUGGGAAAGGCUUCAUGCGGAAGGAGCAUCUUCUGAACCACCAGCGACUGCACACGGGAGAGAGACCCUACCAAUGUACGGUGUGCGGGAAGAGCUUCAUUCGGAAGCAUCAUCUUCUGAAACAUCAGCGGAUCCACACGGGGGAGCGGCCCUACCAGUGUGCCGAGUGUGGCAAAAGCUUUAGGUAUAAACAGUCGCUCAAAGAUCACCUGAGAAUUCAUAGCGCAGAGCAGAGGCAGCCGGAAAUUUCCCAGGGCCUUUUGCAGGAAAUAGAAACUGGGCUCCUUGAUGUUAAAAUAGAAAAUACAUGGUAGCAUGAUUGUAAAUAGUUGCCUAAUAAAAGUACAUCAGCUCCAGCAAAUUGGAAGAGGAUGUUAUCGCGUUAUAAAGGUAAGUAAAAGCAGACAUUCAAACUUCCCUCUCUUAGAGGAGCACACUCAUGAGCUUCUAAAUCCAUGAGCCCUUGAGAAGAAAGGAUGCUCAGUGUGCUCACGUGAACUCUACAAAGGGGAAGGGAGGGCAUGAACCUUGGCUUUAUAUCUGUCAAACUCAUUAUUGAGAUGAUUUUUACUUUAGUGUUGGUCCAACUCCUGUUUGAAGACCUUUCCAGUUAAAGCUUACCUUGCUGUGUAUGUCAAUCUGUUAUACACACACACACACACACACACACUGUAUAAAAAUGUAUUGAAUCUUUAUUUUGAGCAGUCAAUGCUUUUCUUUAGUUCUUGGACUUUAUUUUAGGGAAAACAGGAACAUGAGGUUAGAUGUGACCCAGGUGAGAACUUUUUAAAAAAUAAUAAUAAUCCACUUGUUUUUAAAAAACAAUACUGUUAGGAUCCUGCAAUGUUUUACAGAUUAAACACUUUCCAAAAGAGCCUCAUCAACAUGAACCAUGUCUUGGAAAACUUGAGUGGUCCCUUCUGAGAAUUCGCUGAUUUUAAAAAAAAUGCUACAGAGUUAAUGUAGUUUUUAUAAGAUAGUCAAGUGUUGCUUGCGUGCAUAACACUGCCGAUAUUAAGUGUAAGAUCACUAUUUAUAAACCAAACAUUUAUUACUAUGUGAUUUUAUUAAGUGUUGGGUUUUCUUUCUCUCAAAAAAGACAAGAUUUUUGCAAUUCCUCAGUAUUUAAAAGUCUAAUGACUGGAAACAAAGUGGGUUUUCUGUACAUAUGGGAA